UCACCUUUGUUUGGGCAGGCCCAGGCGAGCUGUCCGUGUUUUUGUCCCAAAAUUCACCGUUUUUUCUUGAAAAGGCGUCACGACGAUCGCCAUAACCAUCCGAACAGCUGUGUCCAGGUGUAGAGCAGCGUUCUAUCUUCCAACCAUGCCGAAAAGAAAGGCCGCAGGGGAUGCAGAACCAGCCAAGAAGGCCAAAGCAGAAGCCGGAGGGACGUCGUCGCAAUCUGACUUCUCAUCCAAUGCUAAGACUAAGUCUGGGAAACACUGGAACCUGAAGAUUGCCUCGUGGAAUGUGGAUGGACUGAGAGGAACAGUUAAGAAAAACGGGCACGCCUACAUCACGCAGGAGGACCCCGACAUCAUCUGUCUGCAGGAGACCAAGUGUACGGACAAGGAUGUGCCCAAGGAGUUCACCAGCACCGUCGAGGGUUACCAUGGUUACUGGUACUCACCCACCGAGAAGAAGGGGUACGCGGGGACGGCCCUGCUGUCCAAAACCAAGCCACACAAAGUCACCUACGGGAUAGGUGUAGAGGAGCAUGAUGAUGAGGGUCGAGUCAUCACAGCAGAGUUUGACAACUUCUACAUGGUCACAGCCUAUGUUCCAAAUGCUGGCAAGAAGCUUGUUAGGCUAGACUACCGCCAGACGUGGGACGAGGCCUUUACAGACUACCUGAAGAAGCUGGACAAGAAGAAGCCGGUGGUUCUGUGCGGGGACCUCAACGUGGCGCACAACGAAAUCGACUUGAAGAACCCAAAGACCAACAGGAACAAGACUCCCGGGUUCACAGACCAGGAGCGGGAGGGGUUCACCAGUCUGCUGGACCAGGGCUUCAAGGACAGCUACAGGGAACUGUACCCUGAGGAGACAGACUGUUACACUUUCUGGACUUACAUGGGGGGAGCCAGGGCCAAGAAUGUUGGCUGGCGACUGGACUACUUCGUGCUUUCGGACCGGCUGAUGCCACACCUGUGCGAUAACGUCAUCAGGUCAGGGGUCAUGGGCAGUGACCACUGCCCCAUCGUCCUGCUGCUGGCCAUGGGCAAGUAACGACCUUGGAGUCGUGGAACAUGACCUUGAGAAUGUCGGAAGGACGUGACAUCUUACAGAGCUCAAGGUUGCAGAAAGGUCACGGUUUUCAUCCAACAAAAGGUCAAAUGUGUAGAAAAGUCAUAUACGUUACAUUUGAAAGUAAAGUUGGUCAAAAGGUAAAAAAACAUACAUUUUAUAGAGGUCAGACUCAUAGGAAAAGUUUUGUAGAGAUCUGUUUGUAGCUGUUCAGACAGUGCACAGGUGUAAAUGUUUACUAGAAACCACACUCUAGGAGGUUAACCCAUUGUUAAACAUUGUAUGUGUUCCCCUAGCUGCUAGCUUAGAGAAAUAUUAACAUGGAGAGAGAGGCUAACAAGUCACAUAAUUGUGUAGCUGUUCAGACAAAGUUCAGGUAUAUUGAUGUUUACAAGUCACAAUUUGGGAGCUUAUUCCAUAUGGUACUCGAGUUUCCUAAUCUGUUAACUUGGUGAUUGAAACAAACUGAAUUUCAGAUUUUAACAGAACUGACAAUUCAUCAGGCUAAUACAGCAGUCUUUGCAUACAGUUUCCAGUUUAGGUAUUAGAAACCUGAAGUCACU